CAAAAGUUAGAAAAACACAAACUCAGAAAAAGACACAGACACAGACACAAUGAGGAACAAUCAUGUGCGUUUGAACUGCGGCAUUACAAUGCCUCUUAUAGGAUUAGGCACUUAUUCCUUCCCAAAUGAUAGGAACACAACAGAACUUGCCGUUCACAAUGCCCUUGAGAUGGGUUAUAGGCAUUUUGACACAGCGAAAAUAUAUGGUUCUGAACCAGCAUUGGGCAAAGCUUUGAAUGAGGCAAUCUGCGAGGGAGUAGUGGAGAGAGAAGACAUUUUCUUAACUUCAAAACUGUGGGGGAGUGAUCACCAUGAUCCUGUUUCUGCAUUGAAGCAAACUCUAGAGAAUGUGGGUAUGGAGUACCUAGACAUGUACCUAGUGCACUGGCCAGUGAAGUUGAAGCCAUGGGUUAACUACCCUGUACCUAAUGAAGAUGACUUUGAAAAGUUGGAUCUUGAAAACACAUGGAGAGGGAUGGAGAAAUGCCUUGAAAUGGGGUUGUGUAGGUGCAUUGGGGUCAGCAAUUUCUCUACCAACAAGAUUCAAUCCUUAUUGGAUCAUGCUUCUACAACUCCAGCUGUAAAUCAGGUGGAAAUGCAUCCAAUGUGGAGGCAAGAGAGGCUUAGAAAGACCUGUGGGGACCACAAGAUCCAUGUGAGUGCUUAUUCACCACUUGGUGGACCAGGGAAUGCAUGGGGAUCAACGGCUGUGGUUAAUCACCCAAUAAUCAGAUCAAUUGCCUUCAAACACAGAGCAACUCCUGCACAGGUUGCAUUGAACUGGGGACUAUCAAAGGGUUCAAGUGUGAUUGUGAAAAGCUUCAAUGGAGAAAGAAUGAAGGAAAAUAUGGGAUCGUUUGAUCUGAGAUUGGACGAUGAAGAUAUGUUGGAGAUUGAGAAAUUGGAGGAGAUGAAGAUUAUGAGAGGGGAGUUUCACGUUAAUGAAACCACAAGUCCCUACAAAACCAUUGAAGAACUUUGGGACGGUGAAAUUUGAAGCCAAAGACAAGGUUGUGAUCAUUUACUCCACAGGGGAAGAACAGAAUUCAAGAAAAAAUUGUUUCAGCUGAAACAUUUAGUGUCUUCAUUUCCUAAUCCUAAUUCUGAUGAUUUAGAAUGAUCAUAACAAAAGGAUAAAAGAAAGCACGUAUUUUGUACAACUAAACUUGCUUUUGCAAGUAAAUUAAAUGUACUGUAACUAUAUUUCGCUUUCUUUUGCCGCAAUUGUCAAUUUU